AUGUGGGGGAAUCCCGCCGGUGCAAAUGACUUGUCACCAUCACUCACUCCUGUCAUCUCCAUCCAUCAGUCUGACCAUAGCGUCACUUCGUUACUCAUUGAUCAGACUUGUCCCCUCUGCCGAGGAGGUCAAAAGAUGACAUACAAUUUGUCGUUUGAAUUGUGCUUUCUAAUAUGAAUCAUGGACUUACCCAGACGGACACAACGCCGCCGAAAGCGCACGAGGCAUGGAGAUGCAGCGUUUGUUCAUCGGUUUUUCAUCGCAUUGAUCACUAUAAACGCCACUUAGAUACGCACACGAGGGACAAGCCUUACAAAUGUAUCUUUUGCGAGGCACCGUUCAAACGAGGGGAUGUACUACGUCGGCACUGGAAGACUUGCGCCGUGCGCAAAGAAUCUGGCAGGGCUAUCCCAGACCCGCGGCCAGGUGGGAAGGGCAAAAAGGCAUGCGAUAGCUGCGCCGGUUUGAAGAAGUCGUGUAGCGGAGAAUUGCCUUGUGUGGAGUGUCAAUCCCGACAAAAACAGUGCACUUAUCAACGUCUCUCCGAGAGUCAUGAGCCUGAUUCCCGUGUCCGGCGUGCGGGUUGUCCUUCCGCAGAUGAUGACUACGAGAAGCCCAUUGAAGAGGACAGCCAAGGUCACAAUGCAAAGCAGUGGAAUCUUGGACUACAGACCCUCCUCCCACCUGUGCAUGCCUGGUACAGAGCACACAGUCGCUCUACCUAACUUGGUUAGCUGCAUGCUCAUGUCGAAUGACGUAAUAUUAUUGGUAUACAUCAUGGAGCAGGGUCCAAACUUCCGUCGGGGUCGUGUUCAGGCAAGAGAAUGUGGGAAGACCAGAUCGCGAAGAUGAACAGAUUGGUCUCAAUCAAUUACAAUAGGGAAGCAAUUUGGAACAAAAUGAAAGCUUAGAAUUGAACUCUAC